AAAUAUGGAUGCAGAAUGGAUGCGGAUGUGAUCCGGAUACCCACCUAACCAGCCUUUCCUAUUGCUUCAGUCUAGCUUGCUGCGUGCUAUCUUAAAACUAGUCUUUUAUGCAGUAACAAGAUAGUGCUGUUGAAUAUUAAAUGAGCUCAGAGGCCUAUCAGUUACCUAUUAUAAUGUUUGCAGGCGUCGGCUCGAGCAUUGCCUGAACGACAUUAAGACCUAACCGGCUUCAAAUCUGCUCUUUCACUGCAUCGGUUCGAAAGCUGUCGCGAUGAUCCACAGUCUAUUCCUGGUUAACGCAUCGGGGGAUAUCUUCUUAGAGAAGCACUGGAAGAGCGUGGUCAGCCGAUCCGUAUGCGACUACUUUUUCGAGGCUCUGGAACGCGCCACGGAACCGGAGAACGUGCCCCCGGUCAUCCCGACCCCGCAUCACUACCUGAUUAACGUGCUUCGCCACCGCAUCUACUUUGUAGCCGUCAUACAGAGCGAAGUGCCACCUCUGUUUGUCAUCGAGUUUCUCCACAGGGUUGUGGACACAUUUCAGGACUAUUUUGGUGUGUGCACAGAGGCAGCUAUUAAAGACAAUGUUGUUGUGGUCUAUGAGUUACUUGAGGAGAUGUUGGAUAAUGGCUUUCCUCUGGCCACCGAAUCGAACAUCUUAAAAGAGCUCAUUAAACCACCGACCAUCCUACGAACAGUGGUGAACACCAUCACAGGAAGUACUAAUGUUGGUGAGCAGCUUCCAACAGGCCAGCUAUCGGUGGUACCAUGGCGGCGCACAGGUGUCAAAUAUACCAACAAUGAAGCGUAUUUUGAUGUGGUGGAAGAGAUCGAUGCAAUCAUUGACAAAUCAGGCUCUACUAUCACUGCUGAGAUCCAGGGAGUAAUAGAUGCCUGUGUGAAACUUACUGGGAUGCCCGAUCUAACCUUGUCAUUUAUGAACCCUCGGUUGCUGGAUGAUGUGAGUUUCCACCCCUGUGUGCGGUUUAAACGUUGGGAAGCGGAGAGAAUUCUCUCCUUCAUCCCCCCAGAUGGCAACUUCCGCCUUCUCUCCUACCACGUCAGCUCUCAGAACCUGGUGGCCAUCCCAGUGUAUGUGAAGCACAACAUCAGCUUCAGAGAAGGCAGCUCUCAGGGCCGCUUCGAGCUCACUUUUGGCCCAAAACAGACCAUGGGUAAGGCUGUGGAAUCUGUGCUGGUGAGCAGUCAGCUGCCUCGUGGCGUCCUUAACGCUAACCUCAAUCCUUCCCAGGGUACUUACACUUUUGACCCUGUCACCAAGCUUUUGUCAUGGGAUGUGGGUAAAAUAAACCCCCAGAAAUUACCCAGUUUAAAAGGCUCAAUGAGUCUCCAGGCUGGAGCCUCCAAACCUGACGAAAACCCUACAAUCAACAUCCAGUUCAAGAUUCAACAGUUGGCUAUUUCAGGUCUGAAGGUAAAUAGGUUGGACAUGUAUGGCGAGAAGUACAAACCUUUCAAAGGCAUCAAGUACAUGACCAAGGCCGGAAAAUUCCAGGUCCGAACCUAGAUGAACUCUCUCUGUUUAAAUUCCAAAAUGAAAACAAUUGGGUUGCAUCAAAACGGGCAAAGAAGAGAGGAGGAGCAAGUUCGAGUAGAUACGUUUCCUUCGGAAAGCGUUUCAGAAUUGAUGCAGGAAAAUGAAUAAGACUCUGUCUGCCAUUGUUGGGAGUAUAUGACUCUGCGCAGAUUCAAUGUUGUUGUUAACACUAUCAAACGUGCUAUUACAGGUCCUUUCCAGGUUAAAGGGACAGUAAUUCACUGUCUUUGCAUCCAAUGUUUUUGCAGUCUUUACCUUACAGUUGCAUGACAGAUAAGGUAUCUUUCCUCUUAAUCUUCCGACUCUUUAUUUCCUCUUUUCGUACCCUUUCUUGGUUUAUUCUUUUUUGUCUGUUGUAUACAUUUGUCCUUCAAUACAGCUCUGUAAUUCCGUCCUCGCUUUUCGAAGGUCUCAUUUUUUAUAAUAUUGAACUGUAGUGUACUCUGUUGUUGUUAUGUAUUGAUUUUUUCUCUCCUCCUCUGAAAAGCAAGUCUAUAAGUGACUCAUGCCUGCAUUGCAGAACAUUAAUCAUAUGCUCCCAUUAGACUGAUUUUGACCUCCGUCCAAAAUGGUCAUGUGCAAAGUUUUACUGCAUCAAUUCCAAGAUGUUUGCAGCAUGCUUCAUCCAAACUCUCAUGUUGGAAUGUUGUGAAAAGUGUUUCUAAAGCUAUUUAUUGGAUAACUGACCAUACCAAUCCAUGAAACUAUCUGUGGUGCUUGAAUGUCCAGUGUCCUUCGUCUUACCCGGAAUUCUACUUGGAUAGAAAAGUCCUUGGCUAAAAUGCGAAACCACAUACUACAAUACUAUUACUGUUUCUUAGUACUAAGAGUAGUAUGCGAUUCUGAAUUUAGCCCUGGAAACAGUCAUACACUUUAGCAUUUGUCCAGUCAUUCAUAUUGCGAAGCAAUUUAAAUGUUUUUGUUAUGGUGGUUUAUGGUUAGUUUAUUUACAGCUACUGAAUGCAGUAUACAAUGAUUGGAAAAUAUGUAUAGAAUUACGUUUUAGCUUUUUUCUUUAGAACUAUUUGGCAGACAAAUUAAACCGUUUACAGUGCUGUGAAAUAAAAGAGUAAACUAACAU